AUGUCUGCCCGUACUGAGUCCCGCCAACAACCCGGUUUUGCUUGCGAAGAAUGCCGCAAGAAAAAGCUGCGAUGUGACAGGCAGAGGCCACAGUGCGGGGCAUGCACCAACGCCGGUGUCAUUUGCCAGGUGAACGAUCGCCGUCUGCCUCGGCCUCGAAAGACAGGGACAGUCGAAGCCCUCAGAGGGCGUAUUAAGGAGCUCGAGUCUCAUCUUGCGACUCUACAAUCUUCUCCCAGCACCGCUGUUGCAGGCCAUGAUCCAUUGCUUGACCUUGAGGAUCUUGAAUGUAUAGCCCCGAUAAUCAUUUCGAACUCCCAAAAGUCGCCAGCAGACAAUUAUGCAGGGACCGCUGAUGUGGAGAUCACUGACCUUAUGAAGGCUGACUUGACACAAAUAUAUUUCGAGCGAGCGCACCCGGUAGCACCUAUGCUCAACCAGAGCCGUUUUAUGAAGCUGGCCCAGAAACCUCAGAGCCAUGAGCGUCAAUGUCUCCAAUACGCCAUGUGGACGCUAUCAAUCACGUUUUCCAGUCAAUUCGGAAACAUCAGGGACAGUAUGUACUCUAAAACACGUGCAAUGCUCGAGGAUCUCAACUGCAAUGGCUCGAAUAUGACAACCUGUCACGUCGAGGAAAUCCAAGCGCGCAUUCUCCUGACGCUUUACGAGCUGUCCAAAUGCACCUAUCGACAGGCAUGGUUGAGCAGUGGACAUGUCUUUCGCCUAGUCCAGCUAGCACGGUUUUACGAAUUAGACAAGGAGCAAUCAAAAAAGGGAAAGAGAAGCUCUGCUGAAGCUAUGCAACACGAAGAGAAGCGGCGCACAUUUUGGGUUGCCUUUUGUCUGGACCGCUUCCUCAGUAUUGGCAAUAACACGCCCGUGACGUUUACCGAACAAAGGAUCCUUACCCGCCUCCCCUGCUCCGAUUACGAGUUCAGUAAUGGGUCUUUGACCGAGUGGCCUUUCCUCUUCGAGGUGAUGGCCACUGGAAACGCGCGGGGGUUUGCUCCGCUGGCCGAUUGCAGCAUCCUAAUGACUAUUUGUGAGCGGGCCCUUGACUGCAAAAACGAUGCAUCCAGUGAAGCCUCUUAUGACGACUUGCCUAUGGAGUUGAAGUUUCAAAACGACUGGCUCAACUCGUUGCUCACCACACGUCUCAAUAGCAUUGAGCUUCACUACCGCGCAGCACCCCGAGCAGGCGAUCCCAUGACCAUAUUCAUACACUUGAUGGCGCGCACAGCAAAUAUGCAUGUAUCUCAAGCCAUGGGUGAUUCACUAUCUCUUGAGACUACGGACUCUUCUAUGUCUUCUUUUCCAUCCUGGAACAUGCAGGACAGAAGCGUGUGGGCUGCACAGGAGAUCCCCCGCCUCGCACAGGAGCUUGAGCAUCUUGGACACUUUCGGGCUCAUACUUUCACAGCUCUCCCAAUCUAUCUGAGCGCAAUCAGGCUUGGCCGCUAUGUAGGACGACAGAAGGUUUUGGAGCUUUCUCCAUUGCAGACAGCGACUUUACACGAGGUAGAGUCCUCUUUGCGAGCCUGCUUAGAAGCGUUGAGAAAGCUGCAGGCAAUGAAUAUGUUGGCAGCCUACUACCUGCAGCUCUUUCAAAUGGAGAACUCGGGACUUUGUGAUUAA